GGAGGGAAGAGAGAGAGAGAGAGGAGAGAGAGAGAGAGAGAGAGAUGGCGGUGGCCAAUGGAUGGGGCGUGGGACAAGCAAUCCCACUGCCCCAAUUCGGACCCAAUUGCUGCUCCGGCUUCUUGCCCAACACCAAGUCCAAAUUCAACACUUCCAAUAAAAAUCUGAGCGUUGUUCUCAGUUGGGGCUGCUCCGCUCAGGCCAAGCUUUCAUCUUCUUCGUCUUCGAGUAGUAGCAGGAGUCGGAAGAGCUCGAAUUUGUGCUGCCGGUGCAGUGAGAGCGACAGUUACGGUGAGGACUGUGUCGGGUCGUCGUUGGAAUGGGAUUGGAAUCGGUGGAGUCGCCAUUUCUCCGAGGUCGAACAGGCUGAGAGCUUCGCCUCUGUUCUCAAGUUUCAACUUGAAGAUGCAAUUGAGAAGGAAGAUUUCGAGGAAGCUGCAAAACUGAAAAUGUCUAUUUCAGAAGCUACAUCAAAGGACACUGUUGCUGAGAUCAUGUCUCAAUUGAAGAAUGCAAUUGAGGAAGAGCGUUACCAUGAUGCUUCGAGAUUGUGUAGAUACACAGGAAGUGGACUGGUAGGUUGGUGGGUUGGCUACCCAAAAGAUUCAGAUGAUCCUUUUGGAAGACUAAUACGAAUAACUCCUGGCGUGGGCAGAUUCGUUGGGAGGAGUUACAGUCCAAGACAGUUGGUUGCAUCAUCGCCAGGAAGUCCCCUAUUUGAAAUUUUUGUGGUAAAAAAUGCUGAUGGGACAUACGUUAUGCAGGUAGUGUACUUACACCAACCCAAAGGCAGUUCAACAAACUCCGGUGUUACACCGUCCAAACCUGAAAAAGGCUCAUCCACUUCCGAACUUGAGAAUGCAACCCUAGUAGAUGUUCAGAAAAAUGAAGGUAAGGCCGAGAGCAGCGAGGAAAAGGGCCUUAAUAUUGAGGGAGCAACUGAGGAGGGAAUAAAAAGUGUGUUAAAUUUUCUUAAGAAAAAAAUUCCUGGACUGAAAGUUAAAGUCAUGGAUGUUGAUAUUGCUAAGGAAGUGAUAGAGGAUGACAAUUCUGCAAACCAAUUGAUGCAAGAAAAUAGUGUCUCGUCAGAUUCUGAUGAGAAUUCUGAAGACGAAGUGGAUAAUUUGGAUGAAAUUCAGCCUGAUGAGGUCACUCUAGGAGAAGGUAGCGAUAAUAUAGAAGAUGAAAAGGAUUUGGAUAUGAAACUUUUUAUUGGUGGGGUUGUACAUAAUAAUGAGGAUGCUCCUAGCAAGGAUGAGUAUGUGCGUCGGCCUGCUGAAAUCAAAGAUGUGGAGAAAGAUUCUUUUGUGCUGCAUAUUCCGGGGAGAAGCCUAGAUCAUGACACUAGAGAAAGUAAAGCAUCUAAGUUCAAGGUGGCAGCUCUAGCACCUAAAAGUGCCGCUGAGCUCAUGCCUUCUGAGGUUGCCAAGGCAUUUUUUAAUUCUGACAAGCUUUCUUCAAAGAUGACAAGGAAUAUGCGUGAAAUAGUCAAGUUUGCUGUUAGUCAAGCUCAGAAGCGGAAUAGAUUAUCUGAGUAUACAAAUUUUAGUCGGCUCAACACCUCAAGAGGAGAUCUGGAUCCAUUUGAAGGCCUGUAUGUUGGUGCAUUUGGCCCUUAUGGCAAUGAGGUAGUGCAACUUAGGCGUAAGUAUGGACACUGGAAUAGUUCAGAAGGCAAUGACUCUUCAGAUGUGGAGUUCUUCGAAUAUGUUGAAGCAGUUAAGCUAACUGGGGACCUGAAUGUUCCUGCUGGCCAGGUGACAUUUCGUGCUAAAAUUGGGAAAGGGAACCGCCAAUCUAACCGUGGAUUGUAUCCAGAUGAGUUAGGAGUGGUAGCAAGUUACAAGGGACAAGGAAGAAUAGCGGAAUUUGGGUUCCAGAAUCCACAGUGGGUUGAAGGAGAACUUCUCCAGCUCAGUAACAAGGGCAUUGGACCAUACAUCAAAAGUGCAGAUCUUGGUUUUCUUUACAUCAUCCCCGAGCAAAGUUUCCUUGUACUGUUCAACCGCCUGAAACUACCAGAAUGAACCAAUGAUUCCUAAUCUUUUCGAGUUCUUACAACUUCGAUAUGGCAGACAGAUGUCAGAGAAGAGUUCUUCAAGUGUACCGUAUCUGAGCAAAGAAGUUAGCGCCGCCUACUUAAGUACGCACUCUGGAGUUAUUGGUUUCUAGUUUUUUGUUUUCCUCCCAUGUUCAACUUCCAUCUGCUACCCCCAUGUAACUCCAUGAGCUUUAUAUCAUUUUUGCUGACCAAAUAUAUAUAUAUACACGACCGGUACUGAAACUACGAUGAUGCUCCAGGUCGUGAACAUUUCCGGAUACUGCCCGGUUUCUCUGUGUUGACUGUUAAUGUUUUAUCGUACAAACAUGGUUUAUUAUCA